UGCCAUAACAAACUUUCAAAGACACUGCCUAACAUUAAAUCUAGCUGUUAAAAUAGUAUCUUUAGCAGUAACUUUACAUCUGACUUUGCAGUGCUAUACUAAAAAACAUCCACAAUAUUACCGAAGUAGUCUUUACUAUGUAAUAAUGUUAUUCAAAGUUCAAGAUAAUAAUUGUAACUUAUCGAAUUUCUUCAGCUAUAAAACACAAACCUACUUCCCACCUCCCCGGCUCUUUCCAUAAAUUGCAUUGGUUGAAACGAUAUCCAAUCAGUAGCACACGCUGUACUGGCUUCGUGUUAGGAUUGGUUAGUCUCUGGUUCAAUCCCACCGACCCCGGAAGUGUCACAUGAACUUCAGAAUUUCACACAUGAUGCAGUAGGAGCUCGUGCUACACAAUUUUAAAAUGUCUGACCCUCGGCAUUCAGUUUUGCUGAACACAGGUUCCCGGAUGCCUCUUGUAGGCCUGGGCACCUAUAAACUGCGUGGUCUGGAGAACAUAAUGCCGACAGUGGAUGCCGCCCUGGCUGCAGGUUAUCGUCACUUUGACACGGCUGCUGUGUACCGCAACGAAGUGGAGAUAGGACAGGCACUCCGUGAGCUGCUGCCAAAGCAUGGGCUUGAACGUGCUGACAUUUUCGUCACCAGUAAGCUAGGGCCUCGGGACCAAGGCCCCAUGGCGCCCGCAGCCUGCCAGCGCAGCCUGGAUCAGCUGGGAGUGGAGUACAUCGACUUGUUCUUGGUGCACUGGCCUGGCACACAGGGUCUACGUGUCGAGGACCCUCAGAACAGCGCCAACCGUGCCCAGAGUUGGACAGCCCUGGAGGAAUUCUACAGCUGCGGAAAGUUCCGGGCCAUAGGGGUGUCGAACUAUACCGUGCGUCACCUUGAGGAGUUGCUGGCGAGCUGCAAGGUGCCUCCUGCCGUCCUCCAGGUGGAGUUCCAUCCCAGACUCGUCCAGACUGAACUGAGGGCCCUCUGUACUCAAAGAGGUGUGUGCUUUGAGGCCUACUCUUCGCUGGGAACAGGGGCACUUCUCUCAGACCCUGCGGUGCUGGAGGUGGCCAAAGGAUGUGGGAGGACUGUCGCUCAGGUGCUGUUAAGGUGGGCAGUGCACCAAGGCAUACCUGUGCUGCCCAAAUCAUGCAAUCCCAGUAGGGUGCAGGAGAAUGGGCAGCUGUUUGACUUUGAACUCAGUCAGGAGGAUAUGGACCAACUGACUGGCUUGGACUGUGGGCAGAGGUACUGUUGGGAUCCCACAUGUGUAGCUUAGCCACAGAGUCAUCAAACAUCCCCUGGAGUCAGAAUCCAGAUGUAAUGUCAAAAACUGCACUCAAACCACUAUCUGUCCUAUGAUGUCGUUACAAUCUGGUAAUCUUAUCAAUACCAAUACAAAGCCGAACAGACACUGCGAUUUUACCCAUGAAUCAAUCGAAUCUGACACACUUCAUGUACUGUAGUCUGAGCAGUCUCACAAUGUCUGAUCAGAAGAUGUAAACGAUGAACGUUCCAGUUCUGGUCUGAUCCGAUCUGACAUGCCAGCAUUUUUUGCUGGAUGCCUUGCAACAGAAACAGUUUAAUGUACAGUGUGAGCACAACACACAUGGUUUUGAAUGAAAUGCACAGUGUGAAUCCAUGUCGUAUGCAACUGAUAAUAACACUCACUGUGUCUUUCCGAAUUGAGCGGCGUGACCUGACUGUAUCUAAUGCACAAAAAUUAAUGACGAUUUCAUCCAUCAUACUGAAUUAGUGUUGUUCUUUAACAAUGCUGCCCUCGUCUUACCUUAAGUGCUGUCAGUCUUUAGUAAUGUAAAACUAAAUUUAUUUAUAAAAUGAUACAAAACCUCU